UGUUUAGCGACAGUCCAUCCAUGUCUGUCCAGCCAGCUAAUCUCGGCUGUCCGUCCUGACCUCUGCGUGGCGGACCAGACGUACCCAACUUCUGCACCACGGACACGUGCGUAUAUGUCAAUACGCCCUCGUCAGUGCCGCAGGAGCAGCACACGCCAGUACCGGCCGACAGCCACAACGAACACACAGACACAUCCCGAAAACAUCAAUCAGGGCCCUCGUACUCGUAUCGACACAGCACAGCACAGCACGUCACGUGAGGCGAUGGUGGAGCCGUCUGUCUGACUCAGCCCAUCUUCAUCUUGUCCCUCGACGGCUUCCCGCCCCUCUCUGAAACCACCACACACAGAGAUGGAGAGCAUGGCAACCAACCAGCCUGCACCCACGCCCCCUUCAUCACCCUCUCACCCUCUCACACACUCACCCAGUCGCUUCUUCUUUCGUUUGAGGAUCUUCUUGUCGCGCCGCUUGACAAUGUCCUGCAUCAUGGAACACAACACACACGAGGAGAGAAUGAUUUUAAUGCUAUUCUCUCCUGUCAGUCAUCGCUGCGUGGUGUCCAUCCGUGUGCUCUCUCACCUUCUUGACCGGCAGCCGCAGUUUCUUCUUCUUGCUGGUCCGGCUCUUGCUCUUGCUGGGUGAGGACACAUCAGCCUGACACACACAGCACCGACAACCAUUUCAGCGAGAGGUCUAGCCCCUGUGUGUGUGAGUGUGUGUACCAUUUCGACGUCUUGCCACUCAUCGGGAGCCGCGGCUGCUUCUGCUUCUGCCGCAUAAUGAGCCAGAGCCACGGCCACAUCGUUUGUCGGCGGCGUGUCCUCCUGCACACAAAACGCACAGCGCACCACAGACACUGAGUCUCGUCGGACUGUCCGGUGGCUCUUUUGUGCAUGUGAGUGCACAGGGCGCUGGGCAGACCUUCAUGCUUUUGUCCUUCUGCUGCCGCCUGCGCCGCUUGUCGAGCUGUUUGUGCCGCAGCGUGGCUUCCUCCUCUAUGGUGAUCUGGUGCCGCUGUUUCUUCUUCUGACGAUCUGUCAUCUUCUUCUUCGCCAUCCUGCCGCCAGACAGCAAAGAUGGGCGGCUUUCUCACGAUAAGUGCUAAGCAGAUACCGUGU